AUGAUAGCUGACAUUUACUAUCAACAAGAAUAGGCAGUUGCUAUGGCAUUGAGACUUGAAAAAAAAUAUAGGCGAGAGUCUCUUUAUGAUACUAAAAAUAGCAAAAAUGAUAUUAAUUUAGCUGAAUUAGAUCAUAGUUUAGGGAUGGAUGGCCUAAAGAAAAUCAACUAAUAAUAUUAUUCAGUUAAGAAUUUAAAUAAGAGCCAAGAAAAAUAAGUUCCAAAAAUGAAUUAAGUUGAUAUGCUUUUUGAUAAUGUCAAAAAGACCAACCAAUAAAAUGGAUUCUUUUAUUAUAAAGAAACAUAAAAACUCUAAAAAAUAAUUUCUAGCGGCUAGUUACCAUACAGCGGAGGUAGUAGCUAGAAGAAAAUUAAGUCUAAACAAGGAUCUUAAAAUCAACUAUCUAGAAACAAUAUUAGCAGCAAUCAGAUUUAACAAGAAGCAUUUUAAUAAGAAGAUAACUACUCUAACAGCUAAACUCAUUUAUAUGCCUCUCUUGAAAAACAACUUAAUAAAGCUGCAUCUAAGUUCAGCGAAAAUGGUGAAAUGACAUUUGCACAACUAGGAGGAUUUCUGAAUCAUAUCCAUGUUCUUCAGCACAUCAAGUACGACGAAACAUCAAAACUUUCAAAUGAAGAAGAAAUCAUAAACUCUUAACAAUUAGAUAACUCAUUUAGCAGUGAAAUGAAACUCCAUGAAUUAUUUUGGGAGAUAUUAUGCUACAAUCAAAACAAUGAAAGUGAUUACAUCCAAAAAAUAAACUCUGAACUGUUAUCUAGUGUGACAUAUUUCCUCUUGAACAAGGAAAAAUAGGAAUCCUCUCCUCUUUCUCUAAAAGACAACAUUCUUAUUUUGCUUUAGAGUUUCAAGCCUUCCAGUUUAGAGUAGAGCUAGGAUGGUAAGUGUUAAUAAUUUCCUGAAUCUAUUUUGGAUGAUUUUAUCUUAUCAUGGGAAAGAGUUGUCUCAGCUUAGAGGCUUGAUUAAAUAGUGAAAGAUUUAACGAAAGGUAUGAAAGUAAAAAGAAGAAAAGUUUCUUUUUCAAACAGUAAAGGGUCUAAUUUGGUUAUUGCUUAAGGGGAUAGUUAAAGUGUAAAUAGUGGUUCUAACUAAAAUAUAAUGUUCAGCAAUAAUAAUGCAGCAGAUAAUUCUUUUAGUUCGUGUAAUAGACCUAGAGUAAGGUCUUAAUCGUCUUCACAUUCUUCUGUUUAUAAAAAUAUGAAAAAGAAAGAAAAUCCUUAAGAUGUUGAGUAGGAUAUUUCGAACUUAAUUAAUAGAAUAAAAAGACACUCAGAGCAGAUUGGAGAAAACUAUGCUAAUGGCAAUAACAAUAUGAAUAAUUAGACUGCAAUCACUGUAUUUUAAGGUAGAGAGAGAAGGUUCACUGCAUCCAGCGAUAUAAGGGAUAACCAAUCUGAUAACUUUUUAGGGUACUAAACAGGUAAAUUUAAUUGUUAUGACGAUGCUGCUACGAUUCACUCUCUUCCUACUUACCUAUCUAAAAACAAUAAUACUUAAUCUUCUCAAAAUAUAAAUAACCAUUCAUAUAAUUAAUGCAAAAAUACCAACUCGAGUUAGAAAUAGCCAUAUUAUUAACAAUAUGAACCAUAAGGAGUGAUUUAAGGAAUGCAUAUUACUGAAGUCAGCAAAGAUCAAUACGAAUAAAUACAAUCUAGCAACCCUGAUUAUUAGAUUGAAAAAGAAGUCACUUUUGGGGAAUAAAAUAAAUUCUCUUCUCCUCAUGAUAUUUUAAGAAGAAAGACUAAGUAGAUAAAUUCAUAGAUGAAUAAUUUGGUUACUCCAAAGAAAAAAUCUAACUAAAAGUCUUAAAUUUAUGAAUCAGAAGGAAGAACUAGCAUUUCUCCUUAAAAGUCUAAAGAAGAAAUGAGAGUGAUGAACUUAAUGAAGUAGCAUGAAGAAUGGAAACAAGAGAUUAUUAAGAAGUGGAUUCUAGAUAAAGAGGAUAAAGAGUAUGAAAAAUAGAAAGACGAAUGCACCUUCUAGCCAAAUUUAGGUAGCAGCAAAAAAUUUAAUGACAACUUGUUGAAAAAUACCAAAAAUAAUGUCGAUGUUGUAUCAAGAUUAUACGAUUACUCAACACCUAAGAAAAGAGAAGUUAUCCAGUACUAAAGUUUAAUUGAAAAGUAAUGCUAAGAACUAGGAGAGUGCACAUUUAAGCCACAAACAAACAGCAAAUAAAAGCAAUACUAGCACAUUUAGUCAAAGAUUUCUCAUUCUCCUAUUUCAGAAUCAUCUUCCUCUCAGCCAUCUGCUCAUAAAAAUAAAUAUUCUUCUAAUUAAAAGAAUAAAGACGAUAUUAUCUCAGACAAAAGCAAAGAUGAAAACAAUUUACCUGUUAAAGGAUUUGAUUAAGCAGUGAAAAGAAUGAAGUAAGGAUUUGAAAAAACUUAAGAAGCAAAAGCCCGUAGAGAAAAAAUUAGAACAGGCACUCUAUAUUAGUCUAACAAAAAUAAGUAAUUUAAACCUCCAUCUAUGUUAGAAAGAUAAAAGCCAAAGCAUUCUCCAUUUUAUUACGCAACUAUAACUCUAACAAAUGGAAAGCAUGGAAAAAUCUCUUUAAGUGAAGACGACGACCCUAUUCAAGUAGCUUUGAAUUUUUCAAAAGCUUUCUAACUUAACAAAGACAUGACCGAAAAAUUAAAAACAAAUCUAAUUGAGCAAUACAAAAACCAUAUGCUUAAAUUAGUAGCUAGUUAAAUUUGA